GAGUGGUUUUCCCAGAUCUAAUUUCUAUACGCGACGCUGACGAGACGAGGAAGGCAAUUUUCGAGGAGUUGAAAAGCCCGUAAUAUAGUGCAAAAUAGUAACUAAAAUUAAGUGCAACGUGUAAAUAGAUAAAAAACGGAUCGCGACAAGUUCUCGAGCGACUAAUUCGAGAUUGAAAAGUGGAAAGUACGUGAAUAGGGCGAGAAAAGAAAACGCAAAACGUGAGGUUGUGUGCGUGCGAAGAGUUUUCCGUCUCCCUCGCACCAAAGUGGAGCGCACUCAAUUAUUUUGUGGAUGGAGUGGAACAACAACAACAACAGCAACAAUAAAAACGACGACACAGCAAUAACAGCAACAACAAACACUAAUGCAAAUGCAGAAAAUGUUAAGGAAAUCACAAAGAGAGCGAAAAGCGAGAGAACAAUAGCGAAAGCGUUAGAAUGUAAUGCAAUCGAUGCAUUAAAAUUAAAUAGAGUACAAGUACAGCAAUUAAAUUGGAAAUUCAAAUUCGUGCGACAAAAGCGGACGAUUGCAGAAAUUUUCGAAACUUGGCAGCCAUAUUUACUACAAAAACAACGCCGUUGUAAAAAUACGUGACAAAACGCUUACACACACACAUACACACGACGUACACCCACACGCUCGCACAUAAAAGAGAGAGGGAGAGAGAGAGAGAAAGAGAGACGCGAACGUGAAUUAACAAACAAACAAAAAUAUUUUGCGAUAAAGACAAACACAAAAAAAUUCAAUAAGUGUAUUACAUAAACAAACAGCGCCGAUAUCGAAAUAUUAUGGAAAUUGCACCACUGAUCAAUAACGCCGUCGCUGUCGUCACAGCCUCUGCCGUCGUCGCUGCCUCCGCCUCUGCCAACGCCAACGCCACGCUCAGCAGCAGCAGCAGUAGCAGCAAGGAGAAUGAUAACGUCAACAAUCUGGCGCUGCUCGCUUCGCUGACGUUACAAAAAGUGCUAAAUAUCAACAAUAACAAUAACCAGCACAGCAAUAACAACAACCGUAGCCACAGCAGCGAUAUCAAGCAACACGAGCAGCAACAAAAACAACAGCAACCACAACGACGAAACCUCGAUAUUAAGAGCGAGAAUGAUGUAUUAAACCAAUUGCUAAAAACUGGAGCAGUUUUCACCAAAACCGUCACGCCCACAGCGCCCAUUCCCAUCGAGAGGAAGAAGCAGUCGCAUCAGCAGCAGCAGCAGCAACUUCAAUAUGCCCAACAGCAACAUCAUCAGCAACAGCAGCAAUGCAGCGCACAGAAGCAACGCCUCAACUCAUCCAUAUCAUCGACCCACUCAUCGACAUCAACGAACUCAUCCUACGGCAGCUCAUCCUCGGAAGAUGCUGCAGCUGCAGCUGCAUCUGCAACUGCAACUGCCGCAUUGACAACAUUAACACCAAGAACAAACACCACGAAGGCGUCCAGCAUUAAGUUGCCAGAGAAAUCGAAAAUUCCGUCCGAUAUACUUGAUGAUCUGGCCAGUCGGUUUAUAAUCAAUGUACCGGACAUGGAGCUGAAUAAUCUAAUACGAAUGUGUUUCCAAAUUGAGCUGGCCCACUGGUUCUAUUUGGAUUUCUUUUGUGCCCCCGAAACUGGCGACGAUGGCGAGACCCCGAAAUGUGUCCAGCGAAAGCUGCCGACGGUGGGCAUCAAGCAAUUCGCCAUGCAGUUGUUCCAACACAUUCCCUUUUUGAACAAACACUUUGGCACCGUGGAUCAAAUCCUGGACGAGUGGAAGAACUACAAGCUGUCGGUGCCCACAUAUGGAGCUAUUUUGGUGUCCGAGGAUCACAAUCAUUGCUUGCUAGUGCAGUCCUACUUCGCACGCAACUCAUGGGGAUUUCCCAAGGGCAAGAUCAACGAGAACGAGGAUCCAGCCCAUUGUGCCACGAGAGAGGUUUACGAGGAAACCGGGUUUGACAUUACGGACAUCAUCGAUGCCAACGACUACAUUGAGGCUUUCAUCAACUACCAGUACACGCGGCUGUACGUGGUGCGAAACAUACCGAUGGACACGCAGUUCGCGCCCCGCACCCGCAAUGAGAUCAAGUGCUGCGACUGGUUCCGCAUUGAUGCGCUGCCGGUGAACAAGAACGAUGCCAUAUCGAAGGCCAAGUUGGGCAAGAACUCCAACUCCUUCUUCAUGAUUAUGCCGUUUGUGAAGCGCCUGAAGAAGUGGGUGAGCGAGCGGAAGGCGGGAAUUGAACCGCGUCGUCGCAAAUGCUCCGGCCAGCAAUCGCCGAAAGCGUCCACCUCGCCCACCAACAUGAACGGCAGUUGCAAGAAGGACGUCGCAGGAGAGUCACGGCGUCAGAGACACAAGUCAAUGGGGGAUUUGGAUGGUGUCAAGUUGAAUAAUCUCAAUGGCAAGGUGGCCGCUGGACCGGGAGCGGGACUAGGAGCGGCUCCCGCUUCCGCCGCCGCUGCCAUCAACUCUAUGAACAUUUGCAAUAGUAAUGGGAAACGCAAUAAACUAAAUGCGGCUGCGGGCAGCAAUCAAACAACGCCACUAACAACAGCAACAGCAGUGACAUCAAAUGGAGGCGGCACAAUAUCCUCGAAGCGUCAACUGUUCCAUAGCCAAAGUCAGAAUGAUGCACAGCAAUCGGCAAGCAAUGAGAAGAUUGUCAGCUCCUUUGAUUUGAUACGCAAGGAGAAGCAGCAACAACUUAAGGCAGCUAAGGCGCAGAAGCAACAGCAGCAGCAGCAGCAGCGAUUGCGCACCAAGUCCCAGAGUGACAAGCAGUACAAUCCACAGCAGCCAGUCAAGAUCCUGGGACAGCAGCAACCCACAACGGGCAUGGAUUUGAUAGCUAUGCUAUCGGCUGCGGCCGCAGCUCAAAAGACACCAAAGAACGAGCAGCAGCAGCAGCAGCAACAACGACCGCGACCAGCUUCGGUGUCGCUUAACUUUGGAGCAGGCAGUGCCGCAGGAGCCGCACCAUCUGCUCCGGAUGCCCAAGACGUGCACAAGCUGCAGCGCAUGGCCUCGGGCACUAAUUUGAGGAUUUUGAAGCGGGCCCAAUCGCAGCAACCGCAGCAGUUGCAACUGCAACAGCAACAGCAGCAGCAGUUGGGCACCGACUUUACGCCAAACUUCAAUUCGUGGACGAAUUUCUCUUUCACCAAGAACUUCAUAGCAAAUGUGUUUUGCUAAACUUUACCUUGAGUCAAUAUCUUCCUUUCAAAAUUCUCAAUCAAUGCAUUUCCCAGCAAAAGACCAGGUUACCGGGAACACCGAAUAGUUUAGCAGGCUCUGUGCAGUAUGGGAACUCGCGCUUUGGGGAACAGAAACUUUGGAGACUUGCCAGAAAAUGAAAGCAUGCCAAUUGCAUUUAACAAGUUCAUUUGUUAUAAAACUAACACUACAACUACCAACACUAUAGACAACUAAUCAUGUCUAGUCCUAGGCUUUGGAGACCAUGUAUGAAAGUAACGUUUCCCGAUCUCUACACUGGAGGUUUAACUUUUCCACACACACAUAUUCUGCGUUAGGGAACUUCAAGCACACUCAAACUCAAAAAUUGAAUGCGAUCAAUUGUAUAGACAUUUUUAUUACGAAAAACAACAAGAAUUUCAUACCAAAAACUAAAACAACAAGAAAAAACGAGAGUCUUCCGCUCAGCACAUGUAAGUAAUAUUUUGUAAAAACACUGCAAUCGCUGUUCGACACUAAGAUCAAAGUGAGAUCGAACAGAUUGAGUA